CGAGGGCCACUGUCGUAAAAUGACAGUGUCGCAAUGUCAAUGUCGGAACUGUUACGACAUCCGCCAACAGGUCCAUGCGGAGUUUGCAACAUGGCAGGCGUCGGAUGAAAGAUGUCAACCCAAAUUGUAUACUGCCGAACAAGCUUGUGCUUUACUGAAAAACGGAACAAUUCUAGUUGUAGGAGACUCAUUUCAACGACACCUGUUUUCAGCAAUACUUCUCAUUCUAAGAGGCAACAAUACUCAAGGAGCCUUAGGCAAGAAGACGCCUACAGAAUUCCUAAAGAAGUGUUCGGGUAUGAAUGCUUUUGGUUUUAAAGAAUGUCGGAAAUACAUCGACAUUAAACCAGGACACUCACUUUGCAACGGGAGCGUUCACGUCAACUUUGCCAGUCAUGCGCAUUUUUACACGAAACUAGGCAUGCUGCGUUACGUCAAACUGUCAGUAAGCAGACGCCGGCAUAUCAUUAUUGGAGGCAUUGGUAUCCACGACAACGCCAAUUCCUCAUUGGCAACAACCUACAUCAAACCAUCCUUGGCACUUUUGAGAAAUAGAACAUCAAAAUGGCCGUUGUUGAUGUGGUCAAACAUUCACUCUCCUGGUCUGACCAAAUCGCCUUACCACAGCUACCAAGGUCCACAGAACAUUCUGGAAUUUAACAAAGCCAUGACGAGACUUCUUAAGAAACAUGAUGUACCCGUUUUGGAUACAUUUAAUCUUACCAAAGGAGUAACAAGCUUCGAUGGGACACAUUACGGAAUUGGCGUCAACUUGAUGAAAGCUCAGAUACUCUUGAACUACAUAGCAGAACAAGAAACGAGGGGAAGAUGGUGACAGCAGCAACAUGACUUUAUUAUUUAUUAGAUUAAUUAAUAUAUGAAGAAGAUCGAUAUCACAUACAAUGAACCAUGUUUACUGGAACUCAAUUCACUCGAUCCACACGAUCUCACGUUUCGGGGCCGACAGAAUCCGUGACCAUAUCAAUAUCUAUUCCAUAGACUCAGUGAACAACCACUCAGGAAAUAUUCAUAUCGAUAUGUCUUCGUUUAUGUUAUUUUAUUAUUAAUAUUUGUGUACAGAAAGCACGCUUUGUCUUAUGCCAAUAUUUUUCAUAUUACCCUAUCAUUAAAGAAGGCAGCACUAUUCUAAUAUCAUGAUCCCGUUUGUCCCGAAUGAGCGAGUGAAAAUGGAUUUACGUCCCUUUUAGCAAUAUUCCAGCAAUAUCGCGUCGGGGGACACAAGGUAUGAGGUUCACACAUUGUACUCAUGUAAGGAUUCGAAGUUGGGUGUGACGAGCGAACGCUUAAAAAAUACGUAUUCAUACUUGCUCUCUUUCUCUCCUUAUAGCAACAUCUACAAACCAUACGAUCUUACUAAUGGCAUGAGUUGUUGGAGUGUACGAUUUUCAAGAACUGACAUUUAGGCCCCUUUACACAGGCAGCGACUUUUGUGCCACCUUUGAGCGAUCAAAACUGGCCAGGACGCUCAAUGGUCGCCUAAACCCAGAAAAUUAUGUUUCUAUGUAACUGCUCCAGCAGUUGUUCAGCAGUAACUGCUCGAGCUGUUUAGCGUUUGCAACCACAAUGAAACACUGCAGGUACAAGCCCUCUAUUUAUAGGCAGGCUGAGAAGGCACUACAGGUAGCUCAAAGGAGGCAGAAAAGUGGCAGAAGCAUAUUUAUCUACUUCCAUUCUAAAUUGCAUUUUCAUUUCUUCAACAAUUCCGAAAGUGUUUUUCUUAGAUGCCACGCCAAGUGAAGUGAAUAGCUUGUGUAUGAGGGUACUCGCCUGUAUACAACGCCUUACGUUUCUGUUCACAAUAGUUGGGUUACAGCAGCGGUGUUAAACACAUUCACUCACUUCAUUAUUCGAGAAGCGAGAUACUAUGUUGGCCUCCAAAAGAAAAUAUAAUAUAUUCUGCUGUGUUUAACUCUCACCUCCAUUCAAUGGAUGUAGUGACUCAUCUUACCUAAGCAAGGGCGUUAACUGACGGUUGAACCUUGUCUGUCAAUACCAUUCAUUUCAAUCCUUUUGCGCAACGGGCGUUUCUUAUUUCCUUUAUUAAAGGGAAAUUUGGUGUUUGGUAUUAUCGCCCGUCACUUUCCUUACCUGCAGCAGGAUAGAUUACUAGAAUAUGUACAAAAAUGUAUUAAUUCCCGGUCGGCUGUUUCAUCAGAGACAUGUCAUUGUAAUUUGUAACAGCUGACUGACCAAAUUAAAAGGCCAUAGUGAAAAAUCGAAUACUGUAUAUCCUCAUCAGUUUUAGCCUACUUUUAGGCUCGGUCCAUAUUAUAGACUUGUUCGUUUUAAAGCAUGGUCCUUUAUUCUUAUUUAUCUGUUUACAAGAGUGAGUGUUUAUAAGAGUGAGUCAGAGAGUGAGGUAGUGUGCUUUUCGCCGCUUGUAGCAAUAUUCCAGCAAUAUCACGACAGGGGAAACCAGAAAUGGACUUUCUAACAGGCGCCACUGGCGGGGUAGGUUACGCUCACCUUUUCGCGAACACCUUGUAUCAUCACUAUUUGAUAGUGAUUCAUAUACACAUGUUCAUGAUAUAGU